GUCACCGAGCGGAGGGAGCGGCUCUGGUCGAGCGACACCGACGGAGAGCGGGAGAGAGAGAGAGAGCGGACGGGUGGAUGACUACAGACAGUCAGGAUGCGUGAAUACAAACUGGUUGUUUUAGGAUCAGGAGGAGUCGGCAAGUCAGCGCUGACUGUCCAGUUUGUUCAGGGAAUCUUCGUGGAGAAGUACGACCCGACGAUAGAGGAUUCCUACAGGAAGCAAGUCGAGGUCGAUGGACAGCAGUGUAUGUUGGAGAUCCUGGACACAGCAGGAACAGAGCAGUUCACGGCGAUGAGAGACCUGUACAUGAAGAACGGUCAGGGCUUUGCUCUGGUUUACUCCAUCACGGCUCAGUCGACCUUCAAUGACCUUCAGGACCUCAGAGAGCAGAUCCUCAGAGUGAAGGACACCGAGGAUGUUCCCAUGAUCCUCGUGGGAAACAAGUGUGACCUGGAGGUGGAGCGCGUGGUGGCCAAGGAGUCGGGCAUCGGCCUCGCACGCCAGUGGAACUCCUGCGCCUUCCUGGAGACCUCAGCCAAGAGCAAGAUCAACGUCAACGAGAUCUUUUACGACCUCGUACGACAGAUCAACAGGAAGAGUCCAGUUCCGGGGAAAGCUCGCAAAAAGUCCACCUGUCAACUUCUCUAAUGACAGUUUUUCUGCUCACCUGACCGACAACCAACCAACCAACCAACCAAUCACACCGCAUCUUCCAGCUGGCCACGCCCCUUUAACACAGCCAUGUCAUCGUCAACAUCCGCCACCUCUGACCUCUGUUCCCGUGACGACCACAUCUCCCACCCCCACCCCUCCUGGCCCUCACCACACUGUCUGACGGAGACGGUUGCCUUGGAAACAUUAAAACCAAACAUCGAAAGACUGCGGCGGCGGUGAUGAUGAUGAUGAUGAUGAUGAUGAUGAAUUCUGCUGUUGCAGGAAUUGGGGGGCUGUCCAAACAACUGCCCAAAUUUAAACUACGGUUCCCAUCAUGCUCUCUGCUAAGGCCAUUUUGCGCUUGGGGAGUGGCUUCUUAUCCUUUUAAUUUGAAAUGUUUCUUUCCUGUUUCCUGUUUUAGCUUUUUCACUUGUAUUUCCUGGCAGUGCCGAGCCAAUCACACGCAGUUCUGACCACUUCGCUAGUCAGCCAUGUUGUUGCCACGGUUACCUGGUUGUGUUGUCACAGCUAACAUGGCUGGCUUUGUGUGUGUGUGUGUGUGUGUGUGUGUGUGUGUGUGUGUGUGUGUGUGUGUGUGGCUCUGGUUGAACCUGUGGAUCCAUACAGUGGUUAGUAUACAGUGAUUAUUAUUAUUAUGUUUCUGUGUGAAAAGAUAUAAAAGUCAUUUAAUGUU